AUGUCAUUGAUACUAAGAAGGUUCAACUCUUCUAAACCAGUUGUUGACAAGAAGCAGCAAGCUGCACAACUAGCGGCACAAUCAAUAAAAGAUAUAGGUUCAAUUUUUUCAUCAUCAUCAUCAUCAGACGAUCCAUCAACUCAACCCAUAGAUUCAAAACCAAUAUUUGAAAAUCCACAAUUAUUUCCAGCAUUAAGUCUUUUACAUCAAGGACAAAUCACAAAGGAGUUACAAGCUAAAUAUGAUAAAAAAUGGCAAAACCUUACUAAAAAGGAAAAAUUAUUAGGUUAUUAUAUAUCAUAUGGAAAUUGGGGGGUUCGUGAAGAUUUUAAUAAUUGGAAUGAGAAUAGUGCACCGUUGGAUUUACCAUUUCAUACUCCUUCUAAUGUGAAAACCAUAACUCCAACUGCAAAAACCACCACCAAAAAAUUAAAACCUGAAUUAAAAUUAAGUGAAACUCCAAUAAGAAUAAAACAAUUUGAUUAUAAGAAAAUGGACCCAGCUACUAAAUUUGUAAUAUAUUUGAUAGUAUUCAUAUCAAUGAUUGCCAUAUAUAGAGACAAAGCUAUUGGAGAAGAAGGUAAACCUAAAGAAGUUAUAAUCGAAGAUAAAUAUGAAAUUGAAAGACAAGCUAAAUUAAAACAAAAAGAACUUGAGUUGUUAUUAGCUAAAGAAGAAGAAAUUCGAAAAGAGAAAGAAAGAAAUAGAAAAAAAUGGUAUUACCUUUGGUUGAAAUAA